CUUGGCUUCUUGCAUUCUCGCAUUUUGAUGUUCCUCUAUGUGAAAACACAGAUAAUAAUAGGAAGCCAAUGCUUGUUUUCCACAUAUUUGGAAUUUACCGGAAAAAUCUAGCAUAGAUGGAUUUGACGGCUUGCUGUAUUAUAGGAGAAAUGAUUAAGGAAUAGAUAAUGGUGUGAGAGGAAGUUGGUUUAUAUGAUGUCAUAACUUUCCAUGGCAAAGUGGAAGUGCUGGUUCGGAUGGGUGAAAAGGCUCUUCGCUCCUGAGUCAAAGGCCAAAAAGCCAAAGAAAUGGGGAUGGAGUCUUGGAAGGUUAAAGCUGAAACAGUAUCCCACACUUACAGCACCAAAUAGAGCACUUGCUAAAGCAAGAGAAGAGCAGAGAAAGCAUGCUUUGACUGUGGCCAUUGCAACAGCAGCUGCUGCAGAGGCUGCUGUUGCUGCUGCUCAUGCUGCUGCUGAGGUUGUCCGUCUAACCGGUCAUUCCUAUUCUUAUAUAUCCAAAGGAGAUCGAAACUUGGCUGCCACAAAAAUUCAACGUGCAUACCGCGGAUAUCUUGCUAGGAAAGCAUUGAGAGCAUUGAAGGGAGUUGUGAGACUUCAAGCUAUAGUUCGUGGUCAAGCUGUGAGACGUCAAGUGUUCAGCACUCUGAAGAAUUUGCCUUCCAAUGCAAGAGAGCAGGAAGAAAUCCAUGAAAGAAGCAAUCAUUCUGCAGAUAAAAGUUACAAAAACGACAAGAGCAAUCAGUUUUCAAGUCAGAAAAAGAAGUUAGAAGAGAGGGAAAUUAAGCCUGAUUGCCAUGCUCGAAGGACUUGGGAUUCCAGCUUGCAUUCGAAAGAAGACGUAGAAGCCAUAUGGUUGAGAAAACAAGAGGCCAAUAGCAAAAGAGAGCGCAUGAAACAGUAUUCCUUCUCUCACAGGGAGAGAAAAAAUUCACACAUGAUAGAAGAAUAUGGACCCUGUAAGGAAUUCGGAAGAGAGAGCUGCCGCACUCUAGGACAAUGGCUGCAGGAAGAAACAUAUAAUAGAGAUGCGUUUCAUAAACCAGACAUUCUCUCAGACCUGAUGACAAGAGACUUGCAUGGUUCAACACAAGUUGCACUGAAGAGUGCAAAGAGAGAAGAGUCACAGGAAGGAUUAAUUCCACACAUUUCACUCUCAAGAAAAUCAUUUUCUCACGUAAAGAAAGUGUCAUCACUUGCAGAUGGUAGUUCCAUGCCAAAUUCUCCAUUUUUUCCCACUUACAUGGCCGUGACAGAAUCAGCAAAGGCAAAAUCAAGAUCUAUAAGCACACCAAAGCAGAGAACAGAAUUUCUGGAAUUAUGCCCCAAUCAGAUUGAACCUCACAAGGAAGGCAUAUCUUUUUGGUCCUGUCAUUAUGGUGAGCCUGCCAGCACCCGUGGAGACAAAGAGUUUUUUCGGCAGAGAUGUCAGAGUGCAGAUCACCAUCAUUAUCAUUAGAACGUGUUGAAUAUAUUGAAAACCAAGUGUUGCUGAAAUCUCCUGAAGUUUGCAGAGGCACACCAGCAAGGUUUAAUUCACACUUGGUUGUGCCACUGGUAUAUACUAGAGAUUGAAAGAGGCAUUGCUGAACCUUCAAUUUGCUCACACUCUGACGAAAUAUUCGCUAAUAUUUUUUUUUUCUGUCUUGAAUCUUCUCAUUGUGGUUUCUCGAAGAAUUCUUCCUAGUUUUGGGGGCAGGCAACGUUACUGCUGCGUACAUGUGUCAUAAUCUAAAUUGGUUUUUGGAUUUUAUCCUCCUUUUAUAUCAUUGGAUUGUUAAUUUGGCUUUCUGCGUUUCUCUGAAAG